GCUGAGUGUUCGUUUCCUUCCGGUGCCUUUUCAGCGGCGUACCCGAUGGGCGGGGCCUGCGGGGCAAGAUGGAGUACGUUCAGGUCUUGAAGCGCGGUCUGCAGCAGGUCAGCGGCCACGGUGGCCUCCGAGGCUAUUUACGAAUGCUCUUAAGGCUAAAUGAUGUGAGGGUUGGUACACUAGUGGGUGAAGACAAAUAUGGAAACAAAUACUAUGAAGACAACAAGCAGUUUUUCGGCCGUCACCGAUGGGUUGUAUAUACCACCGAAAUGAACAGCAAAAACACGUUCUGGGACGUGGAUGGAAGCAUGGUGCCCCCCGAGUGGCAUCGUUGGCUUCACUGCAUGACUGAUGAUCCUCCAACAACAAAGCCACCCACUCCUCGCAAAUUCAUCUGGGCAAACCACAAAUUCAACCUGAGUGGCACUCCAGCGCAGUACGUACCUUAUUCCACCACCAGGAAGAAGAUUCAAGAGUGGGUCCCGCCUUCGACGCCUUACAAGUAAAGACAAUGGAAAACAGUUUAAACAUGUAAACUAUGGGGGUUUUCAUGUAAUUGCACUUUUACUGCUUACUAUUAAUUUGAUUAAAAUUAUUUGAUUAAACAAUG